CCAGGCGGCCACCAAUCCGACCGUUGCGAUUGGGCUCCUCCUCCCCACCUCCCCAUUGACCGGAAUCGCGCCGCCGCCGCAAGAGCCGACGGCGAGCGACUCCCCCCGCCCCCGCCCCCCACGAUGGCAACUGGCGGCGUCCCCGCGGCGGGCCCCUCGCCGGCGCCGGCGGAGGCCCCGGGAAGCCCGGUGUCCCCGCUCGAGGCGGCGGGGGCGGACUAUGAGCGGGUGCGGGCCGCGCGGAUCCGGGAGAACAUGGAACGGAUGCGGAAGCUCGGCAUCCUCGACCUCGCGCACAACCUCACCAGCUCCUCCCUCGCCGCCGCCGCCGGCGGGGGCACCGGCAGGGGGAGGGCGCGGCAGAAGCCCGUGGAACCGGGGUCCCCCGGGGCGCCGCCGCCCAAGCCCAAGCUCGCGCGGCGGUCGCUCAGGCUGAAGAACGUGGAACCAGUCAGCUAUUGUGAAAUUCAGCCCAAGAAGGAGAGAGAUCCUCAAGGUGUUAGAACUGAGUUGCUAGAGGAAGGAGCCAAGGAAGAAAUAUACACUGAGGAGCACGAGAAGCUUUUGGGUACAUGUAAUACUCCUUGGACUCUCUUUGUCGAUGGUUGUGACAAAGAUGGUAAGCGCAUCUAUGAUCAAGUGAGGGGCCAGACCUGUCAUCAGUGCCGGCAGAAGACUCUUGGUCAUCACACAAGCUGCUGCAAAUGCCAGAUUGUCCAAGGGCAGUUCUGUGGAGAUUGUUUGUACAUGAGGUAUGGCGAGAAUGUGCUAGAAGCUAAGAAGAAUCCCAGCUGGAUAUGUCCCGUUUGCCGUGGCAUUUGUAAUUGCAGUAUAUGCAGAACUAAGAAAGGAUGGUUCCCUACUGGUUCUGCGUAUAGGAAGGUUGUCAGACUUGGGUACAAUUCUGUGGCUCACUAUCUAAUUGCAACACAGCGAGCAUCAGCUAACCCAGAGGAUUCAAGCUCAGCUGACUUCUCAAACAAGCAGCUUCCUGACAAAUCAGAAACCUCAUGUGUUUCUGACCAUGAUGCUACAGCUGCCAAGGAGAGCUUAGAGGAUGGAGAAACGAGUAGCAAAGCUAAGCAGAGCAAAGCAAAUUGCCGCCAAGUGAAGAACUCUGAUGGCGACAAGGACGAUAGCAGAAGCGAGUCCGCGGUGACAUCUGAUGCUCACAUUGAUCAGGCCAAUAAUAAUGUUGGAUGUGUCACUCCAUCGUCUAAGCCAACUUCAAGGAAGAGGAAGUACGAACGAAGCCCAGACUGCAUUGCAAGGAGGCUGCGAAGCCCAGACUGCAUUGCAAGGAGGCUGCGAUCCCGGUCCAACAAGCCAUGAACAUUGGAUCCUAUGAGAACGGACUCCCGUUUGCUUUUGUGAUCCCAGUCCAAGUGGGUCGUGGUGUGUAGGUGUUGUGGACACUAUAUUUGGCAAGAAGUACCAGUGCAGGAGCAAGGCAAGGGCGUCCACAACAGAAUAGGUGCCUAGUUUGGUUAUUUCCGGUUUGUUAGGCUUAAGUUUAGGAGGUCUGUUAAGAUAGUCUUUAUAUUCAGGGAAGAGAAGAGAGUCUUGGCAAGUAGAAGGAUAGCCUUUAGAGCUCAGAGCCUCCUGUGUGAGGGCGAGUUAGGGUUCUAUUCAACUGCCGAACCUGUUAUCUGUGAUUUGGAAAUUGGGAUUGAUUAAAAUAGCAGUCCACAUCA